CCAACCACACCAGCAAGUUGUUGGACUUCCACUUCGCCCGCGAUGUGAGCGGAUGGCGUCGCUGGCCCCGCGGCUUCCAAUCGCCGCGGGCUCGGAGCCGGCACGUCGCCACCAGGCGGCGCUGCGGAGGCCACAGCGUGCGGCAGCCGAGCGCAAAGGACGUUCUGCGCUGUGGUCCAUUGCUUUUGGCCUGGGGCCACACCUUAGACGUGAUCAUCGUCGUCGGGCGCCGCGCGCGGGGGUUUCUGUUGCGACCGAAGAGAAGGCCUCUGACCCGGAUGAUCCGCUGUCCUGGUUGGAAGAGUUGGACUCCCCGGCAGUGCGGUCUUGGGUGGAUGCCCAGAACCAGGCCACUCUGCGCCUGGGGGACCCCAGGCACUCCCCACUAUUGCCACGGCUGCUGGCAACAGAGACGACUGAUAUUGACGCGGACCCGCUUCGCAAGCUCGCCCAAGUCACUGAAAUCGGGGGCCACUUCUAUGACUUUUGGUCGGACUCCCUGAAGCCUCAGGGCGUGUGGCGCCGCACCUCCCUCGAGUCCUUCCUCUCGGAAGAGCCGAGCUGGGAGGUGGUGCUGGAUGUGGACGCGCUGGGCAGGGCAGAAGGUGAACGCUUUGUUUGGCGGGGCUUCGACGUGCUCGUGGAGGAGGAGCACGGGAGCCGCGCCAUGGUCUUCCUGUCGCGGGGGGGCAGAGACGCCUUCGAGGCCAGGGAGUUCGACCUGGACCGGAAGACCUUCGUGCCGGAGGCGGAAGGCGGCUUCCGCCUGCCCGAGAGCAAGACCGUGGUGUCAUAUCGCUCCAGAGAUCUGCUCUUGGUGAGCACGGAUUUCGGGCCUGGAUCUCUCACCUAUGCUGGCUACCCCCGCAGCGUGCGGCUCUGGCGGCGCGGAACAGAGCUCCAAGAAGCACCAGUGCUCUUUGAGGGCAACGUCAAGGACCACGUGGUGCUGGGCUACGUGGUGCGGAACGACCACUUCCAGGUGGAGGUGGUGCAGCGCGCCCUCAGCUUCCACGCCACGGAGUGGCUCCUCGCCUUGGGGGAGGAGGAGCUCCGGCGCCUGGACGUGCCCCAAGAUGCGGAGCUGACCAUCUUCCAGCACUUCCUACUGCUGCAGCUCCGCGGCGGCUUCGAAGGCUUCCCACCAGGAGCGCUCCUGGCCAAAUCCUUCACGAACAGCACCGAGGGCUGGGAGCAGCUUUGGGCACCGCAACGCCUUCCUUGUAGCGGCACGCCACGUUGGUCUACGCUGCAGAAGGUUGUGUGUACCAGGAACUUCGUGGUGUUGCAGAUCUUGGAGGACCUGCGGGGCCAGCUGGUGGUGCUGAAAGAGGACGGCGGGUGGUCGCGGCACUGGAGCUCCAGCGGCUUCGACGAGAGCCUGGUGUCGUUGUCGGUGCGCGCAGUGUCCAGCUCCAGCGACGGGCUGUGGCUGGGCCGCGCUGGGUACCGCAGGCCCCCGGCGCUGUUCUACGCGGAGGACAUCGGCAAGUGGAAGGAUCCCUCCUGGAGCGCGUUGCUGGCAGGCCUGCGCCUGGUGCGGCAGCUGCAGGAGCUCUACGACAGCUCCAAAGUGCAGGAGAUGCGGCUGGAGGCCACCUCUGCCGAUGGCACGGAGAUCCCAUUCGUGUGCCUCCGCCCGAUAGAUGCACACACCGCGCCGCCCACCUUGGUCUACGCCUACGGAGGCUUCGGCAUCCCGCUGCUGCCCAGCUACCACGCCUCCGUGGGCGCCGCCUGGUUGGAGCGCGGGGGCCAAUACGUCGAGGUGAACCUCCGCGGGGGCGGGGAGUUCGGCCCCGCCUGGGAGCGCGCCGGGCGCCUGGCGCCGGGCCGGCUGAAGGCCUACGAGGACUUAGAGGCGGUGGCUGACGCACUGGUGGCGCAGAAACUUGCGGCGCCAGGCAGGCUGGCGCUGCUGGGAAGGUCCAACGGUGGGCUGAUGGUGGCCAAUGAGGUGGUGCGGGAGCUCGCGCGGCCGGUGCGCUUCGCCGCCCUGGUGGCGGAGGUGCCGUUGACUGACAUGCGGCGGUACCACACCUGGCUGGCCGGGCACAGCUGGCUGGAGGAGUACGGGGACCCGGACGUGGACUGGGACCAGCUGAGGCAGAUCUCGGCGUACCAUUUGGCGCAGGAGCUGCCCCCAGUCGAGGACGGCUCAAGGCCGCGAGUGCUCUUCACCACCUCCACUUGGGACGACCGAGUGCAUCCGUGCCACGCGCGGAAGAUGGUGAAAGUGCUGCAGGAUUUGGGGCUGGACGCCUUCCUCUACGAGAGCAAGGAGGGCGGGCAUGGGGGCGCAGCCUCCAUCGGCGAGCGUGCCGCGCUGCGGUCCUUGGAGUACGAGUUCCUUUGGAAGGGCGUCGGAUAGCGAAUCCCGGAUUUUGGGCCUGGAUUCAUAGCUCCACUCC